CCUAUGUCACGACACUUCUUUACUAUCGUGUCACAUUCUAUAAUGUGAAAGUCUCACAAGCUGUUACUUGGUAGCUCAAGCGACGUAGUGGGGGGAUGUAUGGGGGAUGGGGAAGAACAUGACAUGAAGCGCGAAAAUAUCUUGUUUUACUUAGGUGUUAUUAAAUAUUUAAUGUAGAAAGAAUGAUUACUGAACAAACUUCAAAAGGUAAUUUUGAAAAUUAUGCUAAAGAACUUCCAAAGUCAAAAUAUCUACAAGAAAAAUACCAUUAGAAAGACAAAUCUCAUUAAAAUCCCACCCAAAACCAUUGGCCAUCUGCAACAAUCAUCUAAACUAUGCUUUCAAUUAUAAUGGAAGAAAAAGCUCAAGUUGCAGUAAUAAUGGUGCCAUUUCCUGCACAAGGCCACCUCAAUCAGCUUCUGCAACUCUCCUGCUUAAUAUCCUCAUAUGGGAUUCGAGUCCACUACGUUGGCUCCGCCACCCACAACCGCCAAGCCAAAUUCCGCAUCAAUGGAUUAAACCCUCUAGACAUAGCGAAAAUUCAUUUUCAUGAUCUUCCUAUACCAGCCUUUGUCUCUCCUCCCCCAAAUCCCAACUCGUCGAUCAAAUUCCCUGCACACCUCCUGCCAUCAUGGAUUGCCUCGCUCAACCUGCGCCAACCAAUUGCUGAGUACUUACGAGAGAUAUCCUCUUCGAUGAGAAAAAUUAUCGUCAUUCACGACACACUUAUGGCCCCUGUAGUUCAGGAUGUUGCUACAGUUUCAAAUGCAGAAUCCUAUGUAUUCAACUGUAUCUCAACGUUCACAGAGUCCUCCCGUGUAUGGGAAAGGAUUGGUAAACCGUUCCCGAUAAGACUACAAAAAGAGUUGCCCUCUAUGGAAGGAUGUACGACCGAUGAAGUCAAAGAAUUUGCAGCUUUACGGUUUAAUCAUCUGGGUAUAAGAGCUGGAGAUGUAUACAAUACCAGUAGAGUUAUAGAAGGAACUUAUGUUGAUCUAUUGGCAAGGGAAGAAAUUGCUGGGAGCCGGAAGGCGUGGGCAGUGGGACCAAUUCUUCCAUUCAAAUUAUACUCUAAUAGCCAGCAUCAAUGUCUAGAGUGGCUUGACCAACAAGGUCCUAAAUCUGUUAUCUAUAUAUCUUUUGGGACGACGGUUUCAAUGUCAGAUGAAGAAAUCAAAGAGCUCGCGUUGGGGUUAGAACAGAGCAAACAAAAUUUUCUUUGGGUAUUGAGAGAUGCAGACAAAGGAGAUGUGUUUGAUGGCGAAGUUAGACGAGCUGAGUUACCAGAAGGGUUCGUGGAGAGAACGCGAGGAGUGGGAAUGGUGGUGAGAGAUUGGGCACCACAACCAGAAAUUCUGGCUCAUCCUUCAACUGGUGGAUUUAUGAGUCAUUGUGGAUGGAAUUCUUGCAUAGAAAGUAUUACAAUGGGAGUGCCAAUAGCAGCCUGGCCAAUGCACUCCGAUCAGCCAAGAAACGCCAUGUUUAUAACAGAUAUAUUGAAGAUUGGUAUUCUUGUAAGGGAAUGGACAAAGCAGGGGGAACUAGUGAAAGCAUCAAUGAUUGAGAACGUUGUGAGAAGAUUGAUGGCGUCAGACGAAGGAAUUGAGAUAAGGAAGAAGGCAGAAGAAGUAGCUGCUGCUGUUAGGAUGUCGACUGAGGCAGGUGGGGUAUCUCGAAAUGAAUUAGAUUCAUUCAUUUCCCACAUAACUAGAUAAAGAAAUUUGCACCAUAAAAUUGUAUCCCAGCAUGUUGCUGUAGGUUUUGAUUUUUGAAUUCAUGUUACAUGAUUUGAAUGAAGUAAUAAGCGCAAUUUGUGUAUUUAUUUAUACCA